AAUGGACAUUUUUUGUAGAGGUUGAUACAUUUUUUGUAUCGGCAAAUCAACUCUGUAAAUUACAAACGUUAUACGUUUUUUAAAUCCUUGAAUACACUACAAGUUAGCAAAACUUUCAGCAACUAGACUGAUCAAAUCAAGAUCUUUCAUCUGUACUUGAGCUCAGAAAUAUAAUGCUACCCCCCAGUACAUCCCAUUUCCUCUCCCAAAACAUUGACAUGUGUGUUAUGUGCCGAAGUGUGUGUGACUCACGGGAUAUAAGAGUUAAAACAAAGUGGAAUGGAACACACACCAGCUGAGUCACUUUGUGAGUAACACACUUGGAAUACACCUUCAGCAUUUAAUAACUGCUUUGAACUAAGGAUCUGCGCUUUCUUGUAUGGGUGGUGGGUGUGUGUGGAGGUGUCUGUGGGUGGGUGUGUGUGGGGGUGUGUGUCUGUGGGUGGGUGUCACCACAUCAGACUCACCAUUGGGCGACCUCUCUCAAGCUUAGCUAGAGUGACACCUUCUGGUUAUGCAUUGGUUCUGCAGGCUACAACUAAGCCCAAGAUGUUCAUACUUAACUAAAGAUUCAUUUUAAUAUCCAAUAUCUAUAAGUACGGCAAUACAUCAAGGAAGCAUGUUUGAAUGAAUUGGAUACGUAUCCAGUUGUGUUUCACUUAUGUGAUAAGGACAUAGAAGCCCUUAGCAAUGCAUUGAAGAGAUAGUAGUGAUGAUGUCAAUGCUACGGUACUACUGUACCUCGGCACCAUUCUGUCUCUGUGUCAGGUUCAAGAUGGCCCCACCUGAGCUCUCUUCGGGAGGCUGCAACACUAUAGAACAUUCAGAUAGAAAUAGAUUGUGUAAAACUGAUAGGACAGUCGGUCAUGCAUAAUAGGGAAUUGUGCCUCCGGACCAGUGGAUUUCUAGCCUGGUCCCAGAUCUGUUUGUGCUAUCUUGGUCAUUGUCAAUACUCAGGGCAUCUCACCCACUUCUGUGAGUCAGGCUACUAGGCCUCCGGUGUCAGGUUUGGAACGCCCACAUGAAGGAGGUACGAUGGGACUGAGUGGUUAGGGGUCACGUGUUACAGGCUAGCUCAGGGUUGUGUCCAAGGUCGGAGGGGUGAGGGGUGAGGAAGUGCAUCCAUGGCAACAGGGCUAUCUGCAUCCUCCAUGUGUUUCCUGUUGAGGUGCUGCUAUUCAGGGUGAGUCGGAGAGAAAGAAAUAGAAAAAAGAGUAGCGAGAGAGAGAGGAGAGAAAGAAAAGACUGAUGAGCCCAAAGCUGAGUUGUUUGCAAUAAGCUUCUGUCUGAGAACGUAUCAGUGUGAGUGUGUGUAUGCCAUGUGUAAAUGUGUGUAGUGUGUGUCAGUAUGUCUAUGCUUGUGUGAACGUAUUUGUGAUAUGUGUAUGAGAGAGUGUGUGUGUAGUGAGUGUGUGUGGUCCUUCUCUCGAUUCAUCCCAUCAUGCCCCUAAAGCGUCCUGAUCAGAGGGCCGUGGGGUUUGUGAGGUUGACAGUGUGUGUGUUGGGUUGGCUGCUGUGUGUGUGUUGGGCUCCAACAGUAGUGGAGGCUGCUGGUACUCCCCCUGCUCCCCAGCAAAAAGCCCUCAGCCUGCGGAGAGCCUUCCUGGGGCUGGACAAGUGCAAUGCCUGCGUGGGGACGUCCAUCUGCAAGAAGCUCUUGAAGGACCAGAUAAGGUUUGAUUGGUGGAUGUCCCUGGAUACCACACUCCCAUUGGAUGAGAAGCAGAGUUUCCCGGGUAACCUUACGGAUGAUUCAUUAAGCUGGCGUCCGGUGGUCUUGUCGUUCCUUUCCUCCCCCCGUCUGCACUCGUCCGCCGACCGUUCCAUCUGUCGCUCGGUGGGACGGCAGGGUCCCUGCAGCAUCGAGGCCGUCCUCAGGGCCACGCCCAGAUUCCAGAGCUUGAACCAAUCACAUCUUCUGCUGCCCCAUAUGGUGAAAGGUCUGGCACCUCCCCUGCUGCGCUGUCCCUCCCAGAGGCUGCUGGACCGCGUUGUGCGCCGCUAUGCUGAGGUGGUGGACGUGGGCAGUGUUCAGAUGAAGCACUUCUCAGAGAGAGACAAACUACGGCUGCUCUACACGCUAGCUGUCAAUCAACAGCCUCUCAUACUACAGAUGUUCCCAGGCACCGAGGGCUGGCCAUUUCCCCGCUACCAGGGCUCGUGUGGCAGGCUGAUGGUGUGGGCAAGCUCCAGGCCUCUGUGGGGCCUUUAUGGUUCCUCCAGGGAGUUCCUCCAGAGGGUGGACAUGGCCUACCAGCUGCUCCACAUCACCCAGGGACUGGGCCACAACAGUCUGGGCUUCCUGCUCUACUACACCAGGCUAGGGGAGGAUAUGUUCGGCCUGCUGGACGACCAGCGAGUGUUCCUCACAGAUGCCAGCAGCAUAGGGGUCAUUGACCUGGAGCAGGGGUUUCCCCCAGACCCUCCCUCCCAAACAGGCUCUGGCGGGGACAUCUUCUCCUGCCUGGGUCAGGGUGCGUCCCCCUGCCAUCGCUCCCCUCCCUGCAGCUCUGUCCGCCCCACCCAGAGCUUCACUCUGCUCUGCACAGCCCUCCUGCCCAGACUGCUGCUCACAGAGAGGGGGGCCCAGCCAACCAGGCUACCCAUGGAGGGUGAGGCAGAGGCGGGGAGGUUGGCAAGAGACGUGCCCCUGUUGCUGGGUGUGUGUGCAGACCCUAGCCAGCCUGACUGGAGAAUCAUGGCAGCAGUAGGAUCUCUGAUGGACCUGCUAAAACCCCUGAGGCCCUGCAACCCACGCUUCACCUACAGGUACCCAGAGUGCAGAUACAACCAGGACUACUGAGAGCUGGCAGGACUACAAUACCCAUACUACCCUGCUACAGCCAUAGACAAUGUUAAGUCCACAUGUGCCCAGAGUACAUAUGACCUGGGAUCCAGAAACUUGGUGGGACUGCAGAGCUUUGAUAUUAGACUGGCAAAGGGACUCUGGAGUGUUGUGUGCUGGAAUGACUAUGCACUGAGCUGAAUUGACUAUGCACACAAAGGGGGUGGUGCUUCUCCAUGGGGCAGUGUAUGUGAAGUCUGUAGUACUUAACAGCUUGUAGUGCUUGCCUGUAGUGUAGUGCUUACCUGCUUCAAACCUCAGCUAGCUACUUUCAGAUAGUGAACCGGUCAGCAGCUCUGAUCUCUGCUAGCUACUUUCAUGUAGUGAAGCGGUCACAGCAGUUCAGACUUCAGCUAGCUACUUUCAGUUAGUGAACCUGGUCACAGCAGCUCUGUGCAUCAGAGGAGAGAUGAAAAUGUAAAGAAACAUGAGAGGUUCCAGAUGUAAAUAAAGAUAACACAUAAAACAUCCUUCAAACAAUAAAAGUAUUUCAAGGACUGUC